UCACGGUCAGUGAGAAAUUACCUUUGUUCUAGGCAGUGUGUGUUCUUCUGGCUUCAGAGGGAAGUAAAUACAGAAUAGCAGAGACGAGUUUUGUGGGGCCUCAGGAUCAGAAUGUGAUGCUGGUGUAGAAAUAAGUGGAUAAGAGAUAGUAUAAACCUUUAAAAAAACUUAAAUCUCUUAAGCUCUUGUUGAUGCCCUUUUUCUUCUAGAAGUUGAGUGGGAGAAAAGCAUUGCGGUCUGUUGGACUCUGCUGGCCCAGCAGGUUACCAGGCACCACCUGUCUGGUGUCCAGGAAUGGCAGGAGACCCACAGAGGAGUGUCUGGGUGCCAGGGGCCGGCCUCGGGUCCCUGGGAGGGUGAGGCCAGGCCAGCCACUGGGAUGCACCUGCCGGAGAUGGGCGCCUGGCGUGUGUUUUGGCAAGUUUCAAGGAGUUGGCCUGUUGUGUGUCCCCGGCGCUUCUUAGACAUGGAAGGGCGGGCUGGUUGUCUGUCAGGCCUAGGCUCCGCAGUGGGCAGAAAAUCCCAACGGUGCCCUUCUGUGUCUCCAUCAGGCUCCUGGGUGGAAUUGCACUUCAGCAAUAACGGGAACGGGAGCAGCGUUCCAGCCUCUGUUUCUAUUUAUAACGGUGACCUGGAAAAAAUACUGCUGGAUGCCCAGCAUGAGUCUGGACGGAGUAGCUCGAAGAGCUCUCACUGUGACAGCCCACCUCGCUCACAGACCCCUCAAGACACGACCCGAGCUUCGGAAAUAGACACGCACAGCAUCGGAGAGAAAAACAGCUCUCAGUCUGAGGAAGAUUACAUCGAGAGAAGGAAAGAAGUCGAGAGCAUCUUGAAGAAAAACUCAGACUGGAUUUGGGAUUGGUCAAGUCGGCCGGAAAACAUCCCCCCCAAGGAGCUGCUGUUCAAGCACCCGAAGCGCACGGCCACGCUCAGCAUGAGGAACACGAGCGUCAUGAAGAAGGGGGGCAUCUUCUCCGCGGAGUUCCUGAAAGUCUUCCUCCCGUCCCUGCUGCUCUCUCACCUGCUGGCCAUCGGGUUGGGGAUCUACAUCGGAAGGCGUCUGACAACUUCCACCAGCACCUUUUGAUGAAGCGUUGGAAGCCGGCUCUCGCCCUGCAGUGGGGUUUCUGUCGGAGCUGGAGGCGGCGCGGGGUGAGCCGCCGCCUCGGGCUGGGGCAGCUGUGCCACUUGAUGGGUCUGUCUGUUCUGUAAAUGCUGCGUCCCUAAUUGAAUAGAACGGAAGAAGAGUUAAAAAAACCAUGCCAACUUGUAGUCAUACCUAUGGGAUCAAUUAAUAAGCAUGUCCUACUGAUUAACAUCUACUGUAAUAAUUUGGUAGUAAAAUUUGUUUGGAUAUUAUAAAUAUCGAAGUAUAAAUAAUUUUAACACUAGAUAGGACAUGUAGUGUUUUAACAAAAAUUAUCUGUAACCAGUUAUUCAGUUUAAAAUACUUUAUAUUUGAAAAGACUACAUAAGGGGUUUACCCCAGAUGAAUUAUUCGUGGCCUUACACACUGUCCCAGGAAAUACUGUGUUUAAGCAGAUGCAGGUCGUCGUCACUGAAGACCGCGCUUAGCUCCGCAGUCGGUCAUGCGGCGGAAUCCGAGGGGCAGAUGCAGACUCAGUCCUGCUCCAGCACGAAGCCGUGGGCCCUGCAGGGUGUUAACAGCUGCCCGGGCAGGUGGUCUUCUGUCCUGGGCACCUGCUAAGUAUCUUUCCUCUCUUAGCUCUCUGGAUUGCUGAACUUAGUCCUACUCUUUGUGUUCGGUUUUUGUGCUCUUAGAAUCAGCUUCAUUCUAAGCAAACCUGUGUCUACUUCCAAAGACUGGAAAUAGAAAAAAAUAAAUUUUUGCCAAAUCCUUCAGAGAUGACUGUAGUCACAUAUGGUUUAAAUGAAAUGUCAAAAAUCUUUUUGAUUAAACCAGGCGUCGGCCUCGUUAUCACCAUUACCUAUUGGACAGCAUAUUUUAAAGCCUGCCUCUUGGACAUCCUGUGUGUACCCCGUUGUGUUAUCUGUUCACGUUUCCAUCCUCAUUCAGUUGUGUUAAAAUAACAUUCUAAGUUUUUAAAAUUUCCAUUUAUAUUUAAAUGAUUACUCUGGACCUAGCAGCAGACAGCUGCCUUAUUGGGAGAAAGCUGGUUGAACGGCAUCGGAAUUCAUGUAACUUCUCUAGAAAAGAUAAAGAUCCAAGUCAUGUGGACAUGCUGUGGUCAAGCCAAUCCCUUGUGACUUGCAGUAGAUGGAUUUGCCUAUUGUCAGAAACAAAGGGGCUCGUUCCUUUGCUGCUUCUGUCCCAAGGGCCCCGACGGUGGGGGCUGCACUCUGCAUGGCCGAGUCAGGUCCGGCAUCUUUGGGAUCUGCACCCCUCACGCAUAGGGACUACCCUGUGCCUUCUGAACCGUCGCCUGGGCGAUUGGGGGCCCUCUGCAAGGCAGUUCCUUUGUCCCCCUCUUGGUGGCAUUAGUGAGCACUGAGCUGAGCAGAACUGGCUGGAAGUCCUCCAGAACUGUUAGGAAAGUGCUCUUCUGUGAGGGACCUGGGCUUUCUAGAGGCCCCCCCCACACUCAGCGUGGAGACGGACAUUUGACUCUUUCAAGUGCUGUAUUUGCAUGGAUCUCUGUGUGUGGUGGUCUUCCUUUUGGGUAGGAUAAUAGCGCUGUAGAGGCUUUGCGAAUAGCCCUUUGUACCUUUCACUGUAUUCACUGAAUAGCAGGUUUACAUGUUUGGAUUAUGGUAAAUGACGUAAAACAUGUAGUUGCACUUCUGAAUGCAGCUUCCUGGUCCAGACACCUGCAGACUCUGGUGGGGCUCUGGAGGAAAAUCAGGCAUCACCUGGAAAACCACCUGCUCGUUCCUUCUCACCUAGGACGCACUUGUAGGGAUCUACCCUGAAGAUAAACGUGGGUCGAGUUGGAGACACUUGAAAGCAGUGUGGUCCCAUGUGCAGGCAGGUGGUGACUGCACUGUGGCGCUCCCUUGCUGGAGCCCAGUGCGGCUUCUUAAAACGACCACGAGGGUUCAACAGACGGCUGGGGAUUUCUGGGGUGUACUGGUUUCCCAACAAACAGGAACUGGAGUUGGUGGCAGGCAGCUUAGAGUGGCCACCACGUUUCUGAUUGGUCGGUCUUCCCAUCCGUUCUUCCCCAGGACCGGUCUGCUCCGCCCGCUGCAUGUACUAGGGAUUCCUAGUGCCGAGGGGAGAGGCCUACCUGGGGAGGGCGGUCCAGCUUCCGUAUGGGCUUUCCAGUAUCAGGCGAGCUGCCCAAACUGCAGACUGGUGAACAAAAUAAAGUAUUUGAAAAAAGAAUAUACAUGGUGUGCUAUCAUUGCAAAAAAGAGCAAAGAACACAACUGCUCACUUGUGGAAAAAGAAACCCCGAAUACAGGAAUGUGGGAGACUGGCUGCCGCCAGGGGUGGGGGGUGGCAGCUAGGGGGCAUGGGAAGUAGGCAGGAGAAGGAAGGCGUGUGCCUUUUUCGUGAUGGACUCAGAACCACAGCAAUGCUUCGAAGCCAAAAUCCAUAAUCGAAGGCAACGUUUUCAAGGGAAUUCAAAAUGCAACACAAGUAGGGAAACAUUACAAGUAAAGGAGGGCACGCUGGUGGGGCAGGGGAGGUGGACAAAGCAAAAGGAGUAGAGGGUGGGCCAGAGCCAGCGGUGGAUUGUCACUGGGGGUUUCUGCAUUAGCUCACAGUCUUAAACACCUAGACAAUCAUGGCCAUCCAUACUAGUGUGUGUGCAAACACGAAGGUUUCUAGCUUUGUCCACAGGGCCUAAUGAGCAAUGCCGAGUCAACAGAAGGCUGGCUGGUCCUAGAUCUGGUUCCUCACGCUAUUCUUCAGUGAUUCCAGGACAAGGGGCAGGAGUCAGGAAGGGCUCAAAAGCCAAGGUGAAGGAACCCACAGUGGCCCAAAGUGGGACAAGCAAGGAGCAAAGCCGCUACAGUGAUGGACGUUGACCCAGAGACUCGUGGGCAUCCCCGAGUCCACGCUGACAGCAGAUGGGAGAAAGGCACAGUUCUUCCUCAUA